AUGUCCGAAUUAGCUCCUCAAUCAAUUACCUACUGUGGUGUAUGUAGCUGGCCACCAGAAUACUGUGAAUUCGGAGUCACUUUAAAAAAAUGUCAAGCAUGGCUUCAUGAAAAUGACCAAGCUCUUUAUGAAAAAUUAUAUUCAGCAGAUGCAUUAGCCAAUGCUACUUCAACACUUUCAUUAGAAAAGCAAGAGAAGUUAAAUGAAGAAUUGGCUAAGAAACAACAUAAAGAAGAAUUAAAACAAGAACGUGAAUUGCAGAAAAAAUUGAGUUCAAAAGUUGUGAUUAAACGUAUUGAAAGAAAUAAGAGAAAACAUAUCAUAUCUAUUUCCGGAUUGGAGGUGUUUAAUUUAGAUAGUAAGAAGUUAGCUAAGACUUUUGCAUCCAAAUUUGCCACUGGUGCUUCUGUCACCAAGAAUGCUGAAAAGAAGGAUGAAAUUUUGAUUCAAGGUGAUGUGAGUGAUGAAGCUAAGGUAUAUAUUGAAAAAUUGUUGGAAGAACAAGGAUUGAAUGAAGUCAAGGUGGAACAAAUUGAUGAUAAGGCGAAGAAGAAGAAGGCUGCUCCAGUACCUGGUGCACCAGCAAACUAA